UAUGAAUUUAGUUAUUAAAGGCAAGGAACUUUAAUUGUAUUUUUCCAAAGAACAACUCAAUAAUAUGGUUGUAAAAAUUGCAAAUUAGAUCUCUGUUGACUAUUAAGAAAAGCAUCCAAUUUUUAUUGGAGUAUUAAAUGGUGCAUUCGUGUUUAUGGCAGAUUUAAUUAGAGCUGUUGAUCCUUAACUUAAAUUUUAAAUUGAUUUUAUUAAAUUAUCUAGUUAUGAGGGUAUUUAAUAAUUCAUAAGGAAUAGGUAAAUAAUCAACUGGAAUUGUAAAGGCUUUAAGUGGAUUGAAAAAUGAUAUUAAAGGUCGCCAUGUUAUAAUAAUUGAAGAUAUAAUUGAAACAGGUUUGACUAUAACAGCAGUCAUAGAAGAGAUGAAAAAAUUAGAGCCUGCAAGUGUUAAAUUAUGUGCUUGUUUUCUUAAGACUGGUAAAAUGAUAAUUAAAAAUUAGGAAAAUAAAAAAUAAAUAUCUAACCUGAUUAUCUAUGCACAGAAAUAGAAGAUAAAUUUAUUAUUGGUUAUGGUUUAGAUUGGGAUGAAUAUGGAAGAGGAUUGGAUCAAUUAUAUUAUAUCUAAUGAGU